AUGGCCAGCUUUGGGCUAGGCCUCCUGGUGCUGCUGCUGACCACCCACCCUGAACCCUCGAAGGCUCAGCACUGGUCCCACAGCUGGCACCCUGAAGGAAAGCAAGCCUCCAGCUCACUCCAUGACCCCCAACAUACUCCUGGGCCCCCAGCUCACAGCCCAGGCCAAAUUGUCCCCAGCCUCCCAAGCGAUGUUCUGGCUCCCUCUGAGGACAGUGUGCCCAGGGAGAGUAGGACCAUGGCCCGGUGGCUCCUCUGCAGGAAGCAGCACCUGGUGCAGACACUGCUGUACGGCCCCGAUAACCAGGUGGUCAUUGAUACGUGCACUGGGAAUGACUCAGUGAUUGCAGAGCUCCCCAAGGCCAAUAGCAGAAGAUAG